AUGCCCACUCCCAUCGUCAUGCCCCAGAUGGGCGAAUCGAUCGCUGAAGGCACGAUCGUUCGCUGGAUCAAGAAGGUCGGCGACCAUGUGGACCGCGACGAGCCGCUAUUCGAGAUCAGCACCGACAAGGUUGACGCAGAGAUUCCGUCUCCAUCUGAAGGCGUGCUCACCGAGAUCCUCGCCAGGGAGGGGGACACCGUCUCGGUGGAUAGCGUCGUGGGCACGAUCCAGGUGAUCGGCGAACAGGCGGCCCAGGGUGCCCCGCAUGUCAAGACUGAACCACCUGACGCUCACGCAUCCGCCCCAGCGCCCGUCGCCCCUCCGGUGGCUGUUGCUCGCGAUUCGGUCGUGGUGUCGCGUGAGGCCACGGCCGGCGGUUCCCGGCAACAGAGAUCGUCGCCGCUCGUUCGUCGAAUUGCGCGAGAACACAACGUCGAUGUGGCCAGGAUUACGGGGUCUGGACUCGGUGGCCGCGUUACGAAGAAGGACAUUCUCGCGUUUCUGGCGGCGGGGGGGAGAAAUCGGGAGAACGGAGAUCCCCGGCCCGUGCGAGACAGCGACGAGCGCGUCGAGGUCCAGCCGCUAUCUGCGAUGCGCAAGAAGAUCGCGGAGCACAUGGUCCUCAGUAAACAGACGUCGGCCCAUGUGCAUACGGUCUUUCACGUAGGGUUUUCCGAUAUCGAGCGGAUCAGAUCCGCGAAGAAGGCUGAGUACGAACGACUCGGCGUCAAGCUUUCCUACAUGGCGUUCAUCGCCAGGGCGGUGAUCGACGCACUUCGGCGGCACCCGAUCGUGAAUGCGUCGCUGGACGGUGACAGGAUCGUCUACAAACAGGACGUGCAUCUCGGGAUCGCGGUGGCGCUUGAGACCGGCCUAAUCGUGCCGGUGAUCAAGAACGCCGGCGAGAAGAAUCUCUUGGGCCUGAGCCGCGCCAUCGCGGAUGUCGCAGCGCGUGCCCGUGCCAAGCAGCUCACGCCGGACGAGGUGCAUGGCGGUACAUUUACCAUCACGAAUCCUGGCCAGCUCGGUGCGCAGUUUGGCAUGCCGAUUAUCAACCAGCCCCAAGUGGCUAUCCUGGGCGUGGGCACCGUCGAGAAGAGGCCAGUUGUUGUCGACGAUGGCCUUACGAUCCGAACGAUGGCGUACCUGACGCUUGGUUACGAUCACCGACUGAUUGACGGGGCUGUCGCGGAUCAGUUCAUGGCAGACGUCAAGCGGAACAUCGAACAGUUCGAGCAAAACCGGAUCUAG